CAGCUGGCUUCGUCUAAUUAAAAAUCCGACUAUAAACAUGUUUAUCGUUACGCUGCGUUAGUGUUAAAACAACAAGUUUUUAAUUGUCCAUUAUUUACUAAUUACUGAACAAUUCAGCUUCUUGCAGAAUCUCCAAGAUGAGUGAGAAAUCAACCCCACUGCUGGCUGUUUUACAGUUACUUAGAAAGUACAAUCUAAAGAGUACAGAAGACAUUUUAAGAAAAGAAGCUAGUCUAGGAGACGUCGAAUGUGAAAGCUUAGAUCUUCCUGAAGUAGAACUAGCGAGCAUUCUUACCGCUCAUCACACUGAAAGCGACCCCUUUACGUACGAAUUGGCGUACGACGGUCUAAAAAAAUUUAUUGAAAAUUCUUUAGAUUUGUACAAGUAUGAAUUGUCCACACUAUUGUAUCCUGUGUUUGUUCACAUGUAUCUUCUGUUGAUACUGUAUGAUCAUGUUGAACACGCUGUCAGUUUCUUGGAAAAGUUUGGAAUAGAACAAGAAGAUUACUAUCAAGAGGACUUGAAAAAGUUGUCUAUUGUAAAACAUAAGGAUCAGAUAAAAGGAAAUGAACUAGCAGAAAUAUACAGCACAAAUAAAUUUACAGUUCAGUUAUCAAGAGAUGCAUCUUCACAACUGAAACGUUACUUACACGAACAGAAAAAUUCCUCAGUAAUAAUAAAUAUAAUAAAUAAUCAUAUACAAAUCGAAGUCCAUGAUGGUCCAGGAAGAACUCAAGCACAAGUUCGAGCUACAGCUGGAGGGGUACUUGGAGAACCAAUGAAAAGUGAAAAUCGCACCAAAGUGUAUUAUGGGCUCCUGAAAGAGCCCGAUAUUCAAGUUCUACCGGCUCCGGUAGAAGACGAAGAAGAAGUAGAAGAAACCCCUGACAAACCAAAAAAGAAAAAAGCGAAAAAAGAUAAUCUUUUUAUGAAGAAACCAAAAUCUGACCCAAAUGCACCUCCUAAUGACAGGAUCCCUCUACCAGAUCUAAAAGAAAUUGAUAAAGUAGAGAAAGGCAAAGCACUCAGAGAAGCAUCAAAACGUGUUCAGCUAGGACCAGACAGCUUGCCCUCUAUUUGUUUCUAUACAUUACUGAACAGCGGACAUACUGCAAUUAGUUGUGAUAUUUGUGACGAUUCCACCCUUUUGGCUGUGGGAUUUAAUAACUCAAACAUAAAGGUAUGGACAUUGACUCCCAUUAAACUGCGAGGAAUGAAAUCUGCAGAAAAACUACAAGAUAUAGACAGGGAAGCAGGUGAUGUACUCGUGAGGAUGAUGGAGGAAAAGGACCGUGAUACGUGCCGCAACCUUUUUGGGCACUCCGGCCCCGUUUAUAAAGUUGCAUUUGAUCCUUUUAAAACAAUGCUGCUUUCGUGCUCUGAGGAUACAACUGUGAGAUUGUGGUCACUACAGUGUUGGACGUGUCUUGUUGUAUACCGUGGACACGUAUGGCCGGUCUGGGACGUGCGCUGGUCCCCUCAUGGCCACUACUUUGCUUCCAGCGGCCAUGAUCGUACUGCUCGACUAUGGGCGACUGAUCACCACCUUCCACUGAGGAUAUUUAUAGGACAUUAUUCGGAUGUAGAUUGUAUUCAGUUUCACCCGAACUCAAAUUAUAUAGCAACUGGAUCUAGCGACAGAACAGUUCGACUGUGGGAUUGUUUAACUGGUAGUCAAGUUCGAAUAAUGACAGGACAUAAGUCAACCAUUUUCACGUUGGCCUUUUCCGUUUGUGGAAGAUGGAUUGCUUCUGGUGGCAGUGGUGGAGAUAUGAUGGUUUGGGAUUUAUCUACUGGGGGUCCAGCCGCUUCGUUACCCCCGGCACAUACUGCUCCCAUACACGCCUUAGCCUUCAGUCGUGAUGGAACAGUUCUAUCGUCAGGCUCAUUGGAUUGUACAAUAAAAUUGUGGGACUUCACAGCCAUAACAGACGAAUCUCCCAUUGAAGAAACUCUAAAUAACCUUAUACCAAAAGAAGACAAAUAUCUAUUACAAUCAUUUGCCACUAAAAGUUCCCCUGUAAAAGGCUUGCAUUUUACAAGACGCAAUUUACUACUUGCUGUUGGCACAUAUGAGAGCAGUGCUUAAUUAUAUUUGGGUACUUGUGAAAUACAAGUGACAUUACAUUAUAAAAAAUUAAAAAUAUUAAGACAGAAACAUUGACUUUAUUACAACUAUACUACUUGAAGAAAAAAGGAACGCUCUGAAGUAAUAAAUUGUAUUAUUAAA